GGUUUGAUCCGCCGUGAGUUGCGGUCGUGCGUACGCGACGCUGUGUGAACUGACAGCCAUCGACACAAAUACAACUUUCAUACUUGUCCGUGCAUUUGAAGUGCCUUUGUUUUCAAAAUUAAUAAACAGUGCUGUGUUUUAAUUCUAACAUUUAAAAUUUUAACGAGAUUCUACACAAUCGAGCCAACGGUUAGUUGAAACGCAUGCAUUCCACCGAGACUAUUGAACUUAAUUUUUUUUUUCAUUCAAUACUCCUUUUUUAUUCUUAUCAAGUAAUUUUAUUUAACCAAUAGUGUAAUGUGGACUGUGGACCUGCCGUUUGUAAAAUAGGAAAGUGUUAUGUGUAAAAUUUAUCUUUGCGUUGUCAAAGUUAUCCGUUGAUUGUCGUGGAUUGCCGAAACAUUCAAGGCUCAACCCAUAACUUCGCUGACUGUCACUCACACCAGCUUAUUUCAACACGAGAACACCUGGCAAUUGACUAUAUUAGUUAUCUGGACUAGCUUGAAACACCUGCAUCAGCAGAAACAGAUCGAGAGUUGGCAACGCCGUAGAAACUGAGCAGGUGGCGGCACCUGUGUGAUGUGCUGGCAACACCACAUAGAUGUGCAGCUGGACGUGACUUGAUGCACGAUGAAGUUCUCCACGGGCUCCAGUUCCAGCAGUCUCGCCAGCGAUUCCUUAUCGAGGAAGUCCACUCUAUGUAUUUAUACGGAGGUGGACGCAGCUCCACCACCUUGCGAGAGGAUGGAUAGCAGUUCAGAAGCCAUGGAGCUGCGGCGGGAGUUGGAGGCAGUUAGGAGUGCGCUGCAACAGCAAUCCGAGUCCGUGCUUAAACAACGGCACCAGCUUGUAGAAGCGGGACAGGCGCUAGUUGCCCGUGACAAGCAAGCCGCUCAGGAAAGGCGACUUCGGCAAGAUCAACUCGCCAUAGUUCUUCGCUCUCUAGUCCUCCUGGAAUCCCGCCUGACCAGGGAGCAAAAACAAAUUCACGCUGCUCUCCGGCAAAAAGAAAAGAUUAUCAAAUUCCAGCAGGAAGAGAUCGCUAAACUCAAAGCGAAGAAAUCAUACUGCAACAAUUGUCAGCAGCUUCUUGGCUUCACAAGCGAGCAAACCAAUAUUGAAACUGACCCUGAGUUUCAGAGUCUGGAAAGCACAGACUCCAGAUUCCAGAACAACUUUGUGAGGAGUUGCAGUUUUCGUGAAAGGAAUACUCCACCAGUCUUCCAAAAGAACACUCGGCUAAGCAAAAGCUUUCAGUUGCCUAAGAAUGACGUUGUUUAUGGUAAUACUAGCUCCAGCGAGGAAGGGAAUAACGCCACUGUCAGCGGUAAGGGAACAUUUAUCAAAAACAAACAAGCGUUUGUCAGACGAGAUGUAUUCAGGAGGUCGAGAAAGUAUACUGGGAGAAAGAAUAACAAGUUUGCAGAAAACACGCAAAAGAGUUACGAUAACCAACUCAAUAACAGCAGCAGUGCUGAGGACUGCAUAGGAAUGAGUUAUCAAGUUAACCAUGACGACAAUGAUUUAACCGCAAAUCAAAUUGCAAAAGAUAUAAAGACGGCGUCCCUGAAAAUUGAUCAACUCAUCGGCGAAGCAGCUAGGAAAGAAAAAGAAGGUAAUGCAAGUGAUUCAGAUAAAACAUACUCAACGAAAAUAGAGAGGCUUCAUGGGAUCAAACGGCAGGCAUCCGAUGAAAUAAAAGCUAACCGGCAACUUUUCUUAAACAAUGUUCUCAUAGAGGAAACGAAUGAAAAACCUUGGUACUGUAAUGUUAGUGACCCUGAACAAGAUAAUGAUUGUUUAGACCAAAGAGGAGCGUUGACCAACGCAAAAUCAAAAUCCACCGAUGACCUGCUGGUAACUGGUUUCAACAAUGGCAUAUUAAAUGCUGAAGUAAUUUCUGCCAAGAAUGAAAUAUUGUGCAACAAUAUUUUGAAGAGUAACAGCAGUGAAAGAUUUAAUACUCGAUUUGAUGAUAAGAACAACAAUGAAGAACCGAGUCUAAAUAAGCCAAGCAACCCAGAAGUAAACGAAAACUGGUAUGCUAGCACUAGCGACGCUGAUGACAGCCCUAGUCACGAGAUAUAUAAAAAUAAUCCUGUUCUAGAAUGCGUCAACCAAAUUUUACUACAAAACUCAUUAGAUGACAGUAGCAAUGAUAACUCGAAGUCGAGCGAUGCUCCCAGCCCCAAAUCAACAACGAAACGAGUUCAGUUUUCUACUCUAAACAGUAUUUCUUACGAGGAAAAAGUCAGAAGCAACUGCAAUAACAUUACCUUACCUCGAUCUGAUAGACGAGCUAAUAAAAUCGUUAAGUUUAGCCUUGAAACAGCUUCUGAGCACAGUUACGAAGUGCCUAACACAGCUCAAGGCUAUCAGUAUGAGAUACAAAGUAUCUACAGCAACGAAUAUGAGCCGAUUAUAACUAAAACUGUAGAAUCGAAACCAGUGCCACUUCCACGGACUAUGCCACCAAAUGAAAGUGCCCCCAAAAUCAGGGGUUCCAUUGUGAAAAACAUUGCUGCUAACAUUGAAAACCGCAACAAUGCAUCUGAAAAGAAGUCUGAGAACGAUUUUGGUUCUAUGAAGAUUUUCAAUAAAAGGAAAGUACCACGAACUCCUCCUGCUCUGCCGCCUAAACCAAAGAAUUUAUCAGCUAAAUGGAAAGCUGAGAAUAGUGUCAAAUCGACAGAACCGUCAGACUCUGAAGCCGUUGCGGCUAACCAACGGGUUGCAGAUGUUAAAAUAAGAAAAGUGGGACAUGUAGCAACUGUAAAUAGUGUAGAACCGGACUACUGCUCCAUUUCAGAGAUAAAUGUUCCAGUAGUCAGUCAAGGAAAACGGGAGUUGCUACUAACACAGCCAACGGUCGAGAUUCACAACGAACAGUACCCCAUACAUGCUGUGAGUCAGAGGAACAACAGCGUCGCUAAAGUCGUCUCCUUGCCGCGUAUCCAGAGCAAAAUCAGUGAUAAAGACAUACCGAAACUACCGCAAGUCACUGAGAUCAUUAUUCCUGACGAUGACGAUAAGCCGAGUGAAGAACUAACUCGCUCAUACCAACAACCUACAGAUAGUUACCUGACUAAUUUCAACAUGCACGCUCUGCAACCAAAAUUGGACCCUCGUGCUUCUAUCCAAAUGGGCAACACGGUAUCAUCUAUUCUAUCAGAAAUCAAUAAGGGCGGAAAGAGUGGCAAUAAGCAAAUUAAUUUAACUGAACUGGAUAAUCAGUUUAAUCACGCGACUGAAAAGAUACAGUCAGUCAACAAUGCAGAAUUACACAAGGCCGAGUACUUCGAUGACAUAGACAAGUUUGACUUGUCGCAAAACUUUGAAGAGUUUAAGAUAGACGACGAGCUCGGUAGUAUAGUCGCCGAAGAAUAUCGCAUCAGCUCCGGUAGCAGCGAUAUUUCUAUGUCAGACGUAGUUACGGAGCAUCUACUUACAAUUGUACCUGAGAAGGACAGUAAGCAUAAUACAAAUAAUAACAAUGACAAUGGAAAAAAUGAUACAUUUCUAGAAUGCAACGAUAAUGCCUUGAACAAGGCAAAAAACGCCAAGCUAUCUAAUAAACCUGAUCUCCUUUCGAAUAUAGAGAAUCUAGAGACUGAAUCCGUAAGAAACUCUGAUAUCGAGUCGAGUAAUUCGUCAGGUAGCAACAGUGGUUCAUACAACACAGUGAAGUGCGAACCAAGGAUGGCAAUAAACAAUCCUGAAUCAAACGUGGCAAAGACGAAGGUGACUUUCGAUUUUUUCCUAGAGUCAUCUGGUCUUAGUUCUAAGUCUAUAUUUACGCCCAGCAAAAGUUAUCUCGGAAUGAGACCUCCAAGUGCCAAUCAUAAGAGCGUACUCAAGCCUAAAGAUAUAAAGAUGCGAGUCAAGAAUACUUUAGCAACGAACAAAAUCAACGAAAAGCCUAUGACGACUGCUAUCAAAUAUUUUGAACCUUACGUUUAAGUUAACUAUUUUAACUAUUGUAUGUAGCAUAUAUUGUGUAUUUUCUUAAUAGAAUUAUUAAAUUUAUUUAUUGCAAAAUGAACUUGCCUUGCAUAAUAUUACUGUAUUUAUGUUGAUGUAAAUAUGAACUUAUAC